CACAACUAACGUAAGCGUCGUUAGAAGGAAGAAGAAGCCGAUUCUGGAAGCCAUUACGUUGCGCACAUCAAUUGAGUAAAUCCUACUAUUUUUGCGUACAAUACGCACAAUUACCUCUCCAAAACAGGAAUUUAUUCAAUCAUGGCAUCGCUUGCGAAAAAGAGAAAAAUGAAUUUCUCGGAGAGGGAGGUGGAAAUUAUUGUGGAAGAAAUAGAGAAACAAAAGCACACACUGGUUAACCACUUCAAUGCUGGAGUCACCCACAUUGCAAAGAAUAACGCGUGGGUGGAAAUCCUGAAAAAGGUGAACGCUGUGACCACAUGUCCCAGAGAGUUGGCCGAGGUGAAAAAGAAGUGGUCUGAUAUGAAGACCGAGGUCCGGCGGAAGGUGGCCCAGGCCCGGGCUGCCAUAGAGGGGACCUCCGCUGACUGCACUCCUGUUCCCGUCAUCCUCACUGCCAUGCAGCAGAGGAUUUGUAACCUCCUGGGAGAAGCCACUAUCAUCAGUUUACCUGCGGGAGAGGCGGACGCUGAGAUAACUUUACCUGUCACCAUGAACACAGCCACCACUGUCACACUAACAGAGACUCUUCCAGCUGGCUCAGGGACAGUUUGUGACGAAGCCAAACCACUGAACGCUGAGACCACGUACCACGCGCUGGAGGAGGGCGGUGUGGUCGAGUACUGCACGACCACUGUUGGCGAUGCCACGCCCACCGUGGUGGCGGCCGUCGAGGCUCCGGUGGAGAUGCUGGCCUCAUCGUCGGCUUCCCCGCCGCUGCCGCAAGGCCAGGCCAAGCCCCAGGAGCUGAAGAGCCGCAUCGCCCUCAACUCAGCCCGGCUGCUGCAGGAGCAGAGGGUCACAAACGUCCACAUUCGACAGAUCGCCCAGCACAUGGAGGGUCAGAACGAGCUGCUGCAGAUGAUGCGGCGCUCCCAGGAGGCGCAGGCGUACGCCCAGGAAAGACAGGCCCAGGCCCUGGAGGGCACGCAGGCCGCCCUGCUGGCCUUAGUGCAGAUGCUCAGGCCUGCACUCAAAGACCUGCGCAAAUUCCUGCAGAGUGGGACUGAGGUAGCCAAUUCCAGCAACACAGCAGCAGGAGGCAGCACGGACGGCUCGGGAGCAGAGGACCAGAGCAGAGCCAAAACCCCGCCUGCACCACCACAGCAAGCAGAGGAGCCCCAAUAGACACUGUGUGUGUGUGUGUGUGUGUGUGUGUGUGUGUGUGUGUGUGUGUGUGUGCGCGCGCAUGCGCAGGGGCGUAGCCAUCAUUUCAAACGUGAGUGUGAUGGAAUGUUCAGAAUGUAUUUGCUUACUGUGUUUUUUUUUUUUAACAUAAAAAUACGAAAUCACUUUUAUUGUGUGAAAAUACAAACCCUGUGAAACGUGAGCAAAUUCACUUAAUUUAUUUAAAAAACAAGACAUAUUUAACAUGAAAUUAUAAGACAUCACCAUCACAUUUGCUCAGAAUUAACCAGAAAUUUAAAAUAUAUAGCAAGAAAACGAUGACAUACAAAACAAACAAACAAAAAAAAAUCGCAAGAACAGGACCAGAAAUGUCACCAAAAGUAACCAGAAAACUCUACUUAUAAGUAUUGUUCUUUCAUAUUUAAAAUUAAAUUAUUGGAAACUUACCACCAAAUUACUCCCAAAAUUUGUAAAUUUGCUUUAUUUAUUUAUUUAUUUGUAUUUAGUUUGAAGGUCAUUUACUUCUUUUUUUUUUAUAUAACAAAUUAUUUUAACAAAUAAUUCAAAAUAGUGCUCUUGAAGUUUUUGUACUUUUUUCAUAAUUUUUCAGGAGUUUUCUUUUUUCUAUUUUCCUUCUAAAUUUUAAAGUUUUUGGGGGUAAUUUUUUGAUCAUUGUUUUUAGUUUUUGUUUUUGAUUUCUUCCUUCAAAUUUUGUGGUAAUUUAAAUAAUGAAUCUGCCAAUUUUCUCAUCACAUUUUUCCCAUGUUUUUGAGAGAAAUCACAUGAAUUUGCCCAGGUUUCAUAGGAUUAAUGCUUUCACAAACAAAACAAAACAAAAGGUAAAAAUAUAAAGAUGCAGUAAGGAUGAGACGGGACAAUAUUUAGGAACUGGACAAACUCUUAACAGUUUGUUACGCCCCUGUGUGUGUGUGUGUGUGUGUGUGUGUGUGUGUGUGUGUGUGUGUGUGUACGCGUGGUGCUUACCUUUCCGUUUGCAUUACACAUAGUUGAGUUUACUCCAGUCCAUGCACAUAUUUCAGAGAACCACAGACAAUACUGUCAAGAGUUGCCUUAGGAAGAGUUUGUACAGAAGUUUCGGUUUGUUUAAUUAUUUCAGGAGCCAUGGAGGUGGUGGAAAGGUCAUAUUGAGAGAGUUUCCUCUCUUGCUUCCUUUGUUUUUAUUUUAUUUGUCAUUAUUUGACAAUGACUGCAUCUCAUUGGACUAUUGGAUUUAUUAUUUAAUUCAUAUUUUUAAUGCUUCAGCCUACAGUAAUGGUGUAUGCACAGCGAGAGGCCAACCUGAUUUGUAGCCGACCAUUUGACGCUCUCUCUCUGCAGCCAUCCUGCAGGGUGCCUCGAGGGACUUUUACACCUGAAUGAACUUGGUUAGUGUGCAUUUUGUCAACCCUAUCUUCAGAGGUUAAUAAAAUCUGAUAAAAAUCA